AUGAAUGGCAGAGAAGGAGUUCCCGAAGUCUCUGAAGAGGUGCGUCGCAUCAUCCAGCUUGAGGAAGGGGUGAUCAAUCGCAUUGCUGCAGGGGAAGUUGUGGUGAGACCAGCCAAUGCGCUAAAGGAGCUGAUUGAAAAUUCCUUGGAUGCUGGCAGUAAGCGAAUUGUCAUCAUGGUGAAGUGUGGAGGUCUAAAGAUGCUUCGAAUAGAAGACGACGGGCAUGGUAUCCGCGCAGAUGAUUUGCCUAUCCUUUGCGAACGCUUUACAACUUCGAAGCUCCAAAAGUAUGAAGACCUUCUUAGCAUUGGAACCUUUGGCUUCCGGGGUGAAGCUUUGGCAUCAAUAAGCCACGUGGCGCACGUCACGGUUACCACUAUGACAAGUACUGAUACGUGUGCCAACCUUGCGACCUACAGUGAAGGCAAACUGCAAGGGCAAGUCAGGCCCUGUGCAGGAACUCCGGGCACCACUCUUGUAGUGGAGAAUAUGUUCUACAACAAUCCAACACGCAGACAGGCGUUGGGCAAAGAGAGCAUUGAGCACUCCAAAGUGCUAGAAGUGGUUCAACGCUAUGCCAUUCACUAUCCAAAUGUUGGCUUCACUUGUCGGAAGUACAACGGUUCGUUUGAACUCACCACUUUGGGAGGGAGCAGCCCUAGCGAGGUGAUUGCAACCAUUUGGGGUCAGAACUUGGCUCAGGAGCUGUUCGCUUUUGACGUUAAGUCUGAAGAACCACGCUUCUCGUGUCGAGGCUUUGCAUCGAAUCCAAACUAUUCUAGUAGGGUUUCUACGUUGAUUCUGUUCAUCAACAAUCGCCUCGUAGAGUCAGCGUCCUUGAAGCGUGCAGUGGAAGCAGUUUAUCAACCAGUGCUACCACGUCACCAACAUCCUUGGGUUUACUUGGCCUUGGAUGUAGAUCCCACGACCAUUGAUGUGAACGUUCAUCCCACCAAAAUGGAGGUGCAGUUUCUACAUGAGGAGACAAUCUCUCAAAGGCUUCAGGAAACUCUGGCGUCACAGCUACGCAGCGCGGGUAGUGCAAGAAGCUUUGCAAGUGUCCUUCCAUCCCCUGCACGUGGCACCUUUACACUUCCUGUGGAGACCAAAGAUGUCAACACAUCAGACAAGGACAAGGUGGAAAGACGACAGGUACCAAACCCAACUCGCGUUCGCACAGACCAUCGUCAGAUGUCCUUGGAAACCAUUUUUCGUGAAUCGCAGGCUUCACAGGGCAUGCAGAUAGGAGCUGGAGCAGAUGCACCCACAACACAAGCUGGCUUUGAGGUUGUAGACUCUGAUCGGAUGGCAGCAUUUGAGGAAGCUCAGCAACUUACGUCUGUUGAAGAGCUACGAAAAGCAGUUGAUUUGGCCUGCGAUGAGAAGUUUUCAACCCUGCUCAACCAGUCGAUCUACGUUGGCCCUGUCAACCACGAACUGGUUCUUUUGCAAUGCGGAGCCUCUUUGUGCCUUGCAAAUCUAGCAAUUCUGGCCCGAGAGUGCGCCUACCAGAGGCUAUUGAGGCGCCCUUUGAAAGCAAGCUUGUGCUUUUAA